AUGUCAUCAUCACAAUCAUCAUUAUCAUCAUUAUCACCUAUUGGACCUCCAACUCCAUUUGAUGAAGAGUAUGUGAUUGCGAUUUCCUUUAGACAAUGCAGAUAUAUUGUAACAUCAAUGUUUGAUUAUCAAGCAUUUGAUGAUCCAAGAAGAGCAAAAGAGGCAGGAGCAUUUUUAUUCCUUUACUAUUUUUCGAGAAUGCUGAUGUUGUUGACGUAUGCCUUGCUGCUUAUUCUAUGGAUCAGACUCUACCACAAUGUCUUCAAGGUCAAACAAGCCAUUUUCAAAUGGAACCAUUUUACAACCUAUAUUUUUGGCACCAUCCAAUUGUUUUAUAUCUCACUUAUCAUCUCGAUGGCUCAUUUUAUGAUCAACGAUAUCAACAAAUUCAAGUUCCUUUCUCGAUAUGUCUAUGGUAGUUUCCUCAUUGGUUACACCAUUAUCUUGGCACUUGGAUUUUUGGUAUUUGGUGUACUUCUUUGGUUAAGUUCUAGAGGUUCUUCUGUUUCUUUAAAUAAUAGAAUCUUAUUUAUAUCAUUGAUUUUAGUAAUUAUUUUAAUUACUCAUAUUAUCUAUUUAUCGACAGUUGUAUUGAUUACAACGGGUGAAUUGUGGUGGUUCCGUAUUCUGGAUACUGUCAUCUUUGUGGUGCUAGAGAUGGGUGUAGCAUUUUUGUUGCACAAGAAACCAGUCAAUAAGCGUGCAUCGCGAAACAACACCAACGGUGGGGAGACGCCAGUAUCGCCUCGCUCCAAGUCCUACACACCCAAGAGUAAAACCAACUCGGGUCCUCACUCGCGUCCAACUCCCACCACCAGAAAGAAUGGAGGCGAUGUCGACGAGGUGGUCGAUCUCGAUGAAGACGAUGACGAUGAAACUACCACCAACGACUCUUCACACUUUUCAAACAUCCAAAUAGACUCUAUACAAAUGACUAAUCUUGCCCAUCAUACCAAUAAUACUAAUUCCCAAAAACAAAAGGAAAGGGAAAAGGAAAAGGAUGGUGAAAAGGACCAACAACAAGAUGAAAGUGGUGAUGGACAAGACUCGGAGAAUGUUCAUCAUCAUCAUCAUGAUGACACUUACAAUAAUAAUAGUUCUUCAUUAAAGAGGGAGAGAGAAAGAGAAAGGGUUCUUGAGAAGGAAGGUGGAGUUGGUCUCGAAUUGGUUUGCAUCAAUCGCUUUUUACAGUCAAGUAUGGUAAAACCAACGAAACUGUUGAUAGUAUUAUUGGUACUAUUGGUUGUAUGGGAUGAUUGUCAUCACGAUGCGAUGGUAGAUGCAAUCUAUCAAGAACCAUAUUCGUUCAAGGGAAAGUAUAAUGUCAAUGAUAUUGGUAGCUUUGGUUUCCUCUCUGGUGGCUACUUUGAUGUAAACAUACAGGUUGAAAAUCCAAGUGACUCUUCUCCACCUCCAAUAUUCAUGGCUUGUACUCAACAAGAAUACAAUGAUAAAUUUGAUAAUUAUUGUACAUUGAAACCAAAUUGUACAUUUACACAACAAUUAAAUAGUAGUAGCAAUUCUAGUAUCAGUCACAUUAAGGGAUCAAUUAAAGAUACAGACUAUUAUUUCUUUGUGAUUACUCAAUGUGAUGCAACCUAUUAUUAUACAGUAUCAUAUGCAUUCUAUAAUCCCGGUGGUAAUCAUCUCUCUUAUCAAUUCAUUCCACUUCCAAUCAUAUUGAUGGUAUUCACUGGUAUUUGGGUACUUCUUACUGCUUUGUGGUCAAUCAAUUGGAUUCAAAAUAGAAAUCAAAAUGUUAAAUUACACAAAGUCAUUACACUUUAUCCAUUUUCAAAGUUAUCAAUGAUUGUUUAUAGUUUGGGGUAUUGGAGAUACCUACAAUCGUAUGGAGCCGUUGGUAUUGGCGUUCUCAUCUUUUAUUGGAUCUUUUAUAUCAUUUUCAAGGUUAUAUCCUGUGUUGUUUUAUUGUUUAUUGCAACGGGUUGGGGUAUUUGUAAAGGAAGAUUCGAACAUCUUAGAAAGGCUUUGUAUAUUAUCAUUAUUUUAUUAACUGCAACUUUGGCAUUGGGUGCUUUCCUAGGUGGUUUCUUUACUUCUGAUGCAAAUGUUCGUUUAUUGCGUGCACAAAUUGCAGAAGCUCAAAAUAAUAAUGCAAAGAGUGUUUCAGUUGAUCAGUCAUCAUCGGAUGCUCAUGAGCAUGAAAUGCAAACCAUUCCACCAAAUCCAACACUUGAAAAAGAUCCAGAGGCUCCCUCACAAGACAUCAAUACUGCCAAACCAAACUCUACACGUGAUGAUGACAAGGCAUUAAAUCUUUCACUUUUAAAUGAUAAACUUCAUAUGUUUGUUGCAUUUAAAUGGAUUAUGUUGGUAUAUUUAACUUGUGUGAUUGUGAUUCAAUUCCUUUCAGCAGCAUUCCCAUUUGGUUGGGUAUUUGAGUUUUUCAUGUUAUUGGUAGAGACUGUUAUGUUUAUUUGUAUCGGUGUUACAUUUAGACUAAGAAAACAGAAAAAAUAUUAUGAAUUUGUUGAUGAAUAA